AUGGCUUUUGAACCCCAGUUCAUGGCAGUGAUUUCCAACGCAAAUUUUAGUGUCUCAUUUUGGAUCUAUUUUGUUGAUUGGAUACUAUCCUUGGUGUUGGGACUUGCUUUUAUAUUCUAUUUCCAUAAACUUUUGGGAUUUCUAGUGACAUUAGUAUGCAAGCUUAUACUAUGGAACGUUUAUCGCAUCAGAGUCCAUAUUGAUGCGUUCAAAUUAUCGCCGCUUGGAGGUCGACUAUUUAUGAAGAAUUUGACAAUAGUGACUGCAGAUACAACAAUUUCAAUAUUGAAUGUCACAUUUACCUGGAGGUACUGGAUAGUAUCACUUACCAAGUUAUCCGGGUUCUACUGGGAUACUGACAGUGAAACUGGUGGAGUCUCCCAGCGUCAGAAUGACAAGCUGCCGUGCAGAUUUAUCGUAGAUGUUGAGGGAAUUGAGAUUUUCACUUAUAAUAAGACUGCCGCCUACGAUAAUAUAAUGGAUAUUUUGAAUGGAAAGAAACUCGAUGAGAAGAGUGGUCAGAGGAAGGAUCAGGAAGGAAAGACAGCGAAUGGGGACAACGAACAAGAGAAGGAAUCAAGCACCUCUUCAGCCGAAUACGAUGUGCAUGGUCAUAGCGAUGAGAAGGAUCUGAAUCAGGUCCAGAAUGAACCAUCAGAGGACUCUAACAUACACUCUAAACAAACAGUACCUCUUUUAUUACAGAUAUUGCCCAUCGAUUUCAGGAUAAAGAAAGGAGCAUUUGUUGUUGGAAACGUUACAACACCGUCAGUUUUAGUUGCAUCAUUCAAAUAUGGAAGGGGAUUGUUGGACAUCACCAAAGCUCCUAAUCCUGUCGAUCAUUAUAGACUUUUGCAUGAUUUUCGGUUCGACGAAUUUCAGAUUUGGAUAAGGCCGAAUAUUGGAUUCGACAAAUAUAGGUACGGGAAAGAAGAUCAUGAAAAAAUCCAUUCAGAUAGCGGCAGGAUGGAUAAUUUGCGCAAUAUAAAGUCAUACAAGCUUUGGUACAAAUUUUUGGUUGGGAGUAAGUGGAUUGGACGAAAAGUUCAAGAAAAAGUUUUAAGAAAACACAAACCAAACGAUGAUAGCCCUGAUGAUCAGCUUGAUUGGAAGGGAUUACGAAGGUAUAUUGGAGAUUCUGAAGAUCCUGUAAUAACAACCCUUCUUACCAGUGACGAGCAAUAUGCGAAAUAUAGUUUGAUUCUUGACUCGACACUGACAAGAUUUGUUUACUUUUACGAUUCCCCGGGAAUACAGCCAUCCAGCACGAGUUGCAUCGAGAGGGAAGCACCAGAACUGGGACUUGAAAUUGAAAUUUCAUUUGGUACAAUUCAUUAUGGUCCAUGGGCAGAUAGACAAAGGAUCCCACUUCAAAAUAUGUUAUUUCCUUCACUUGCAAGGGAUUCGGUACCUACUUCGGAUUUUUUGAAGGCUGGCCUCAAAAGAGACUAUGAGGGAUUUAAAGUCACCGUUAUCGUUAGAGACGAAUUGGUGCUUCGAAUUCCUACUAGAGAAGCAAGUAAAGAUAAGGAGUUUUUGAAACAGAAUCCCAACCACCAAGCUUUUCAAAAGACUGCAAGGCCAUUUGGUUGGCUUGAACUUAAAGUUGCAGAGGGAUCGAAUGUGGGACUGUUCACCUCCUUUAUCUCGAAUCAAGAAAAAGGUUUCCCAAACAAGUUAAAGGUGAACCUUAGCAGCCCAGAGAUUAGGUCCUCCGUUAACCAUGACGUUCUAUACUCUGCUGACUCACACGAAAUAAAUGCUGAUAUUGCUCUCCCGUCACAGUGGAAUGGCAAAUGUAAUUGGUCGUUCGAUCAAGUCAGUUUAAACCCUCGAUUAUUUUUGUUAAGAGAACACCUUUUCUUAUUGUCAGAUCUUUUCACUGACUUUGCUUCUGGAGAACCACAACCAUACGAGAACUUCAGGCCUUUUUUAUACAAAAUAAAUUGGAAGUUGAUCAACUAUGAACUUUAUCUAAAUGUGAAUGAUUCAAACAUUAUCAACAAUCCGUUGGAUUUCAACAGCAACAAAUAUUUAUCAUUUCAAGGUGAAGAGCUCAACAUAAAUCUAUCAAUCCCUUUGAAUGGCGCUAGCACCAAAAAAACAACAAUUUCGUAUUUCUUGGACACCUCUCACUUUGAUUUGAUUCUUGACACCCCCCCAUGGCAUACCGUCAACACAUUCUUGAAAGGAUCAAAUGUUGUUGGAAAGAGUGGCCAGUUUCUGGUACAAGGCGAUUAUACAUUUUACAGUGCCGUUGAAGUUAACACAUCAAAUUGUAUUGAAAUUAACUGUUUUGGCGAAGAUAUAUGUUUGAAAUUUUUUGGGUUUGUGAUACGUUAUUUAUUUACUGUGAAAGAUAACUACUUCGGAGAACAUGUGCAUUUUAAAACUUUUGAGGAGUACAAUUAUGGCAGCGUGAGUUCAGAGUCCCUGAAAGAUGUACAAUCUCAGACCGAAUCCACAGUAGAUGAUAAAGACUUGUGGAAGAUGUUCAAGACUGAAAACGAUGUGGAUGUACUUUUUAAAUUUCAAGUUCGGAAUGGUCUAAUGCUUCUCCCUCGUAACUUGUACAGCUGUUCAAGUCAUAUCGGGUUACAUUUUGACACGUUGGAUGUUGACAUGCGGUUCUGUAACUACUACAUGGACAUGCAAGUGGAUUUUAGUCCUAUUUCAGGAGUUUUGAACAGCGCAGAUGUGGAACCUCUGGAUUUAAUGGACGUGGCUUGCUACGUUGACAAAUAUUUGCAAAACAAUGUCGAUAUGCAGGUGGACGGAUUUACUGUUCAUUCACACAGAAUGUUCAGUGCACCACCCGAAGAAGUGACUUUUUGGUGCAAAUGGGAUUUCUGUUUUGGAGACUGGGUUAUUGAUAGCAGUCCUUACUUUUUACAAUACAUGAUAUCUGGCCUAUCGAAUUUUAGUGUUGGUUUUAAGGACCAAGCUAAUGCGUUGGAGGAGUUAUUCCCACCUGCAUUUGAUGCAGCAAACUUUUCAAUUAGAUUUUCAAAGUUCAUUUUAAGGUUAAGACCAGAUGCGUUUUCUUUCGUCGAAGUAAUAUUGGAUGAUAUUUUGUUGUCUGUGAACGAUGUGCCUAAUAUGAGAUACUCCAGCAAGUUGGUGGUUUCAAUACCUGGCAUCUCUUCCAAAAUUGUCGAGGUAGACGAUAGAAAAAGCGAGAAAAUAAUGGCAGCACUCAAUACGUCAAUCGUUUUCACCAAUAUAUGCCAAAAAGUUGACAUGAUUGGGUUAAGAGACACCAGAGAGUUCCAUGUUAGGGAUGGCGAUGCUCCUUUCCAUAGAGCUCCAUUUUUAUUGUUUGAAAAUUUCAGGGAUUCGUUUUACAGAAGGAACAAGGGUUGUCUUUUGACAACCAUGUCUCUUCCUAAAGUACAUGUGCCAUUAACAGAGGCAACUCUGGAUAGAUGGAUGCCGAAAGGUCUGCUGUCAUCAACAAGUUCAGACACGUCAUCCUUGACUUCGAGCAAAUCAUCGGAUUUGGAGUUUCCCACAGUGAAUUACUGUGAUGGAGAUUUUUGCCCAUCUUAUCUGGUAGAUCCUGACACAGAAUACGACAACUUGAUUCUUGAGAUUGGUGAUGUUAAAUCGUUUCUAAGUCCCGCAUCAUUACCCAUUAUUUAUAAAGUUGCUCAAACAUUAGAAGAUUUUGAUUUAGAAUCAGUGAUGGAUCAGGUGGGAUCCACAACAAUAAAGGGACUUCAGAGUCUCAUGAGCUCAUCAAAAGAAAUCAAAAAUUUACGGUUGGUCAAUCAUAACCUUGUUUUAUACCUCGGACAAUACCAUCUUGAGAACGUAGAUAAUUUGGAAGCCUUUUACCACGACAAAGAUAGAAUCGUACUUAGGACUUCGAAUAUAUCAUUGGCCUUGUCAAGCAAGACGCAACUCACAACAAAAUCAGGUCAAAUUGAUUUAGAAGAAAGUAUAACCAUAGCUUAUCAUAUGAGCUUCUUGUCCUUGAGUUGCCAACAAAAGAAUAAACACCAAUUGGCAUUUGUCAUUAACAUACAAGAUAUUGAAGGUUGGUUGAAUAAAAUUAAAGAGAGUGCCGAAGGAUCGACUCGAUAUGACUACUUGGACGGUGAUUUCGAUGUUAAUCAAGCUCAGUGGCUAGCAGGCUUUCUCAAACAAUUCAGCAAAAGCCUCGAACAGGAAAUGACAAUGUUUGAAAACUUGCAAAGUAAGCGAGAAACUCACGCCAAUUUGGUCCAUGCUUUGACUGUCGCCUCUUCUGAGUAUGCUAUUGAUCAUGAUCCUGAUGUUCUCACGCGUCCUGCUUAUUUUUUGCGGUUAAAAUCCGAGCAUAUCAGAUUUUUUGACGGUUGGAAAGUGACAGCUCGUCUUCAACAUAUCCUUCGUACGUUGCCCAAAUCAUGGAUUGAUGAUACGUCAGCAAAGUUCAAAGCGCGUGCUUACAAGCUUCCAGAUAAUGCUUUUGAGCAGGUUUUGGACAUAUUCUCAGGAUGGAGAGCGUGGGAAGCCAACCAACAACAGAGACUCUACAUGUUUAAAACAAUUUUUGGCAAGGAGAUACUGGGAGUUACAAAAAAAUCUACCAAAUUUGAUUUUAUUGGAAUUUCGACAACAUUGAAGAGUAGCGACCUGAAAGAUACCACAUUCAUUAAUCUUGAAGAGCUUGACUUGAGUUACAAGAGCACAUUUAGCGAUUCCAAAGGAGAACUAUCAGAUAUUGCAGAAAUGGUUGUGAAAUUGAACAAUUAUGAGAGUAAAGUUACAAAAGAGAUUUUCGAAUAUGUAAGAAAGGUACAUCUCUGUGAUGUCAACCAGGACCUUGAAUCAGUUGUGAAAGAUGAGGCAACGAAUGAGUCUCAUGCACAGGUACUGGAUACUCCUCCCGUAGAAGCCACUACACUCCCGAACCGCAAAAAGUCAUUAAAUAUUAUUGUUGAUGUGAAGGCGUUUGAGCAAACCGUGUCCUUGUUCAAUACUUCUGUGGGUAUAAGGUUGGAGAGUUUCCUUUCUCAUAUUGAUUCUAACAAUGUUUCGAAAGGACAAGUUUACGCAAUUGGGGCCAAUGAAGUGGAAUUGAGGAGUGCGGUAGAUUCACGGAAUGUGUUGAUACAAGAUUUCUCGGGAAUGCAUGUUUUGUUUGCGCAAUCCGAUUCAGCUUUACAUGUGGAUGUUGAGGUAGAUACCUCGAGUACCUUCUUUUUCGACAAGAAUGACAACUUUGUGAGUACGUUACGCACAGUUUUAGAGAGAGAUUACCCAUAUGUGACGAAUCUAAUGAAAUCCAUUCCCCAGGGGUCAAACGUAAAGUCUACUCAGCCUAAAUUGUCAAAAUCUCUUUCGGCUUCGAUGAAGAUGAAUGAGGUGAUUUGGAAUUUCGGUGUACUUCACCCCCUUGUCUUCUCAGGAGCUAUAUUGAACACGUCACUAUCUGCAUCCAUGGUGGACGAUGUUCUAACUUCCAAAUUGAAAGUGGAAAAAAUCAAAAGCAAUUUAGGUAUGGCUCUCAACAGCAUACUUGAACUACAUUCCGCGGACUUGAUGGCUUCGAUUUCAUUUUACAAACUGGAAAAGGUUUCAACAUUAACCUCUAAUGUAUAUUUGGGCUAUUUCAAAGCAUUAUUACCUGAUCUAAAUCGUGCCAUGAUAUUUGCUACGAAAGAUAAGUUUUUGCUAGAGGAAAAAGUUAAUGCUAUUUCAGAGGUACUCAAAAAGGUUGCUCCAAUCGACAAGCUGACUCCAAAUAAAUUUAAAGAAAUUCCGUGUCUUUUCAAGUUGAGAUUCAAAAACGACUACUUCGAAGUAGCAUCCAUUGUUCAUAGAGCUAGCGUCAGUUUAGGUUUAGAAGGAUCUACUUUAAAUUUGAGCAAUGUUUCCACCACUGAACUUCCAGAAGGCAAAUUCACAAAUUACAGGGUUCAACUAUAUGGGGAUAUUUCCCUACCGGCCAUUAGACUCAGUUUGAUGGAAAAAGGAAUUCCUAUUGGUUUAUCGAAUAUUUUAGCAUUUGGCGUCUCGGUAAGACUAUUUAAUGACAUAGACACACCAGGAAAGCGACAAAACUUACAGGUUGAAUCGCAAUAUUUUAGGGUGUGUUUAUCAGAACCAGUGGUAGUGUCAGCAAUAACGCUUAUUGACGAGGUUAUGAAACACUUUUCAGGUUCAAAGGAAAGCCAGCAGGUGUUGCAAGAUGCAUUUCAAACUCCAGAAGCCCAACGAAAUACAUUUGAGCUGUGGGUUUACACCAAGUUUUCAUCCUUCCAGUUCUUGUUCUACGAUUUUUGCGUUGGUUGGCUAUUCAAUGAUGAAUCUAAGGAAAACCCAGGAAUUAUUGUUGGUGCUGAGAAGUUCUUUGCAGCAACCGAAGAGAAUCUUGGAAAAUUCACAUUGAUGGGCUCUUACUUCUCUAUUGCAAAUGGCAAUCAGUCGUCUAAUUUCUACAGUACGGAGUCGGAACAAGUGCGUUUGAAUAGAGGUUUUCUUCCAAUGUUACAAUUGAUAUUUAUGAUUGAGAAGCAAUCAAAAACAUCGAAACAUUUGAGAAUCACCUUACGUGGAGAUGAAGUAGACGUCAAGUUUUUGUCUACUUCAGUUGGGAGUACCAUCCAAAAGUCGACUACACAGGCUUUAAGAAUUCAGAAAUAUUUGGAACAAAAGGCAGCUGCUCGUCCCUUGGAAGAGGAGAAGACAAAUACGGAGAAGACAACAAAGCAGCCCACUGUUAACACAUCAUUCCAAUCUAUAGAAUUUAGCUCUACAUUUGCUGGAUCAAAUGUGUCUAUCUAUAGGUUGGAAGACGACGAGCAAGAGAAUACGCCAUCUUUGUAUUUGCAUGCACCUGCUUUCAAUACAGCUUUUAGAUUUAAGAAAAUGACAGACUCCAAGAGUCAAAUUAUGGGCGAAUUAGUGAUAUCGCAAUCUGAAAAUGUCUUAUUUCCCAAGUGUGUUCCAGUGUUUUUGGACUUAGCGGCUAGCACCAAAGAUUUGAUGCGUAGCCCCAAACCAGAAAAAGGAAAGCCAGAAGACAAUUCAAAUAAUACAAACUUUAUCGAAAGUUUACUUCAAGAGAUGGACAUUCAUUUUGGGCUAAGGAUCGAAAAGCAGUUUCUCACUCUCAGUUGUGAGCCAACGGCGAAGGUGGCGGCGGUCGUUGGACUUGAAGGUAUUCAUGUUCAGUUGAAUACCGAUGAGGGGACAAAUCCCAGUUUCACAGCGUCCUUGUUAUUGGACUGGGUUUCUGCUUCAUUACAGCAUAUAUACUCAAGAGAAAUAAGUGCUUCGAUGAAAGUGGAAAAGAUACUUUUGCUGAGUAACUUUGAAAUUGGAGCAAAGAAUCAGAAUGUUACAUCCGGAUGCAUGACAGAAGUGGAUGGGUUUAUCAACGUAAAACAGUAUCAAGAUGUGGACUUAUUCAAAGAUAUUUGGUUUCCUAGAGAAUUGUUUGAAAUUUAUGCAACAGAGGAUGGGACAGAAACAGGUCACGAAAAGCAAGAUCAAGUUUCCGAAUUGGCUCAAGACAAGAGUAUUUCUUCCAAAUUUAAAGAAGUGUCUACUACCUAUGCUUUCCCUUGGAUCGUUCUUUUUGUUGCAAACGCUAUUAAUCUCCAAGUAGAUUUUGGUCAGUCUUUGGGAGUUUCAAAUUUGACAAUUGAAAACUUUUGGGCAGUAUCUAAAAAGAGUCUUGACUGGUCUCAGGAUUUAAAGGCGGGUAUAAAUGCUAUUAAAUUAUCCUCGAAAGGUAGAUUAGGUGGUUUUUUAACUGUAAGUGAUAUCAACUUGCACACCGCAAUUAGCUGGAAACUUAAAGAUGGAGAUACUCUAGAUGUGCCUUUGAUUUUGUUAUCGGGAGGAGUCAACAAGCUAGCUGCAAAAGUGUCAUUUGAUUACAAUGUUGUUGCAAUUGCCAAUGUGGAAUGCUUCUCGAUGGACAUAUACAACCGAAAGGGGACAGUUUCUAUGGCCAAGGAUCACUUGUUUGUUACCACAAAGUUUAAUGUCGCAGAACUAUACAUGACGUCAUUGACUGCCUCGAAUUUUGUUGACAUUAGCAACACAAUAUCUCGUAUGAUUCAGGAUAAUCGAAGGUCAUAUAAGGAAACAUUGAGAGAUUCGAGCAGGGGCGACUCCGUCGAUAAAAAGACGUCGUCAAGAUCGUAUUCAAAUGAGGCUAUCUUGAAGACCAUAAAGAAAUUGCAGACCAAGAUUCAUGUUUCAGCUGGAAAGAUUUUAGUUCACAUAUAUCCAUCGUCAAUUGAUAAUUCCAAAGUGUUGGUAAUAAACCUAGACGAGUCACGAAUCAAGUUUCAACAAAAUGAGUAUGGUCGCGGGAUGGCCAAUGAGAUGGAUGUAAAGUUUAAUGACUUGAAGGUCUCGUUAUCUACCGUUCCCUCGGUGGAUGAAGUUUUCGUAGAGAAGUGUUCCGUUGAUGAAUUUGUUGAAAUGGCACACAAGGCAAAAGGUGGUAGUAUCUUUGUGUUUCCGUCGUUUAGAAUAUCUAUGCGAACAUUCCAAAAGGAUGGAACUAAUGUGAUUGAAUACUACUAUCAAUCCACAUUCAGCGGAACUGUUGACAUAAGAUGGAAUUUGGGGUCAGUCAAUUUUAUUCGAGAAAUGUACUCAAUCCAUGCAAAUGCAUUAGCUUCUAGAAUGGAGUACCGGCACAGAAUGAGAACACUUGAUGAUAUUGAAAAUUCGAAAUCUAUUUUGAAGCAACAAUUGAAUGCCGAGGAUCCAACUAAAGACAUAGACGAUGCUAUUCAAGAGCGACUUGAGAAAGCAGAAACCAUGUCAAAAUUCCGAUACGUGGCUUUGGCUCCGCCAAUUAUAGAAGCCCCACAACUCAAAGAGCUAGGAAAUGCUACGCCACCAUUGGAAUGGUUUGGAUUGCACCGUGACAAGUUUCCCAACUUUACGCAUGAGUUGGUUAUUGUAAACUUGCAAAAAUUGGUUCAUGAGAUUGAAUUACGAUAUUCAAAGACCUUGGGUAAGGCAUAG